AAGCAUGUCCCCUCCUCUUCUUGAGGAGGUCCCUGGGCAUCACUUGGGGACCAGCACUGGCCGGGUGCUGCCACUGCACAAUGGAAUGGGCAGCAUCCUGCUCAGUAAGGAUCAUUCCAACAAGGAAUUGGCAGAUCCACACAGAAAACAAACAAUUUCAACAUCUGCCUGGGUUGCAUUCAGUUUCCUAGUGUUUCGCUUUGUGGGUCGAAUAAACUACUUCCUUCUUGCUCAGAGGAGGAGUUAAUGAUUUAUGGGUCAAUGGCACAAGUCUGGUCUCUGCAGAACUCAAUCUUUUCUGUGUGGAGCCUUAUCUGAGUGCGUAGGCUUAUCGUAACUCCUCCUUUAGCCCUGCAGUGACGGGGGGACUGGACAAGGACAGUCAUCACUUUGUCUUGCAAGAGCUGAACACACCGGGUCUCUCCAUCUCCUGCCACAAAACCUUCAGGCCUAGAAUAAAGAAUGUGGUAACUUCUGUGGGAUCUCCAGACAGGAAUAAAGAUGUCAGCAUUGGAGCGGGAGUGGCAGAGGGAUCGUGCCGCUGUCCUUGGGUUAUUCCUCACCACUGCUCUUGUUGUGGCUGUUGACAAUGGCUGCGAUGCUCCACCACGAUUCCCGUUUGCAGAACUCAAAGAACAAUACCAAGACAUUACCACAUUUGACUAUAAUUCGAUGGUGCAAUAUGCCUGUCGUCCGGGUUACAUGAGAAAUCUUAAUGUUCGAGACUUCCUUACUUGUGGAAGGGGCAAUAAGUGGUAUGGACCAAAGGACAUCUGUAUACCAAAGCUGUGCAUCUACCCUGGAGAUCCGGCCAACGGCAGACUCGUCCUAGCAGAAAAAUUCAGUUUUGGUUCAGCAGUGAACUUCACCUGCAACACUGGGUACAGACUGGUUGGAAAUCCUCAAAUUUGGUGUGUGGUUAAAAAUGGGGUUGUUAUGUGGGACAGAGAUAUUCCCAUCUGUGAGCCAAUCCCAUGUUCACCCCCUCCAGAAAUAGCUAAUGGAGAGCACAGUGGAGCAGGCACAGAGCUCUUUGAAUACGGAGCAUCCGUCACUUACACGUGCAACACUGUCAAAAGGGGAGAGAAGCCUUUCUCACUGGUGGGAGAUGCCUCUAUUUUCUGUACAACCACAGAUAAUGUCAAUGGUGUCUGGAGCAAGCCAGCCCCAAAGUGCAAAGUGGUUAACUGUGAGCAGCCCAGUGUGGAGAACGGGGAGCUGCUGAGCGGGUACCGGGCUGAGUACACGUAUGGAGACACUGUUGUGUUCGACUGCCACUUCCGCUACACCGUGAACGGCAGCGAUGCAUCCACCUGCAGUGAGAACGGGCUCUGGGACCCGCCGCUGCCACGCUGUCUGCUCAAUAGCUGUGGUGACCCUCCAGAUGUGCAUAAUGCUGUUAAAGCAAAACUUGCUGGCAAUCUGUUUCCUGUGGGCACUGUCAUUACCUACGAGUGCUGGGAGGGCCACCAGUUCAGCCCAGGGGAAGACACAUGGCACAUCACGUGUCUGCCAGAUUUUACAUGGACUAAAAUCCCUCAUCCUUGUGAAAGAAUUCGUUGCCCAGAUCCAGCCAUCAGGAAUGGAAAGCCCUUAGGCGUACGGGAAGGUAAAGAAUAUUAUGUGUAUGGAGACAUACUGGAAGUUACAUGCGACGAUGGCUAUGCUUUCAAAGGUCAUAGCCGUAACAUUAUGCUUCGGUGUGCAAGUGAUGGUACAUGGAAUCCAGCAGUACCAGAGUGCUUUCCAGAACUUCGUUGCCCAAGGCCGGAUACUGCUCAUGGAAAAGAGGUUUAUCAAAACAAAAAUGACUACACAGUUGGGACCCGGCUGAGGCUGGAGUGUGAUAAGGGCUAUGUCCUCAGGGGCCAGGACAUGACUGAGUGUCAGGCUGAUGCGACCUGGGCUCCCCCAUUACCCUUUUGUGAUAAAGUCUGCGGCCCCCCUCCGCAAAUCUCCAACGGGCAGCACUCCGGCUUGGGACAGGAGCAGUUUUCCUAUGGGACCAAGGUGACGUACAGCUGCGCAGAGGGUCUGUCCCUGAUCGGGGAUGCCACCAUCUACUGCACCUCCGAUGAUGGGGUGAACCUGGUGUGGAGCGGGCCUGCCCCGGAGUGCAGAGUGGUCCGGUGCCCCAGGCCCGUGGUCAAGAGGGGCAGGAUGACUCCACAGAGCUUCACGUUUCCCUAUGGAACAGCCGUGCGCUUCUCUUGUGAUGAAGGCUUCAUGCUGCAUGGCAAUGCCGAGAGCCGGUGCCUGGCUGAUGGCACCUGGCACCCUCCCCUGCCCUCCUGCCAGCCCGUUCAGUGUUUUCAGCCCUCAAGACAGGAGGACUUUGUGAUUUACGCACGUAAGUUGUGGUAUGAUGUGAAUGAAACUCUGGUCUACUUCUGUAAGCGUGACGGCCAUCAAGCUGUAAGUUCUGAAACUACCUGCUCAGCUAAUGGCACUUGGAUACCACCACCCACCUGUAAAAAGCGUGAUACAUGUGAGAAGAUCCUUCGAAACAGGGAAGCUUUCCAGUGUGGAGUUCCUCUGACAGAACUGAAAACUCUGCUGGAAGUCCAGAAACUGUACCUGGAGAUCCAGAAGCUUGAAAAGGAGCUAAGAACCACAGCGUAUGGCUGUGCACUGCAGCAGCUAUCAACUGAGAAGGGUCUCACCAUGCCGGGGUUUCUCUGCUGGCUGGGGCAGCUCCUGGCAGUGGUGGUGCUUGUGCUGCAGCCAGCUGAGAGUCUCAAGGUUCAGUGCCCCGUCCCACAUAUCACCCAUGGACAGCUGGAAUCUGCACAGAACUUCACCUCGGGCAGCACAGCCACACUCAAGUGCGAUGCCGGCUACAUGCCCCUGGGUGCCACCAGCACCGUGCGGUGCCUGAGUAAUGGCAGAUGGCACCCACGGGUGCCCGACUGCAUCCCAGAGGUGCAGUGUCCCAGCCCGGAUAUCCAACAUGGGAGGGAAAUCGGUCCCAGGAAAGAUGAAUACAGCUUUGGGCACCAUGUGGAAUUUCAGUGCGAGCCUGGCUAUGUGCUGAGGGGCAACCAGAGGAUCCAGUGCUGGUCUGAUGGGACAUGGAGACCCCCCGUGCCAUACUGCGACAAGGUCUGUGGUCCCCCCCCAAAAAUCGCCAAUGGGCAGCCCACCAACUUGAGAACGGAGCUGUUCCCCUAUGGCUCGGAAGUGAAGUACAAUUGUGUGGAGGGUCUGUCCCUCAUUGGGGACGACUCCGUCUACUGCACCUCUGAUGAUGGCGUGAACUUGACAUGGAGCGGACCUGCCCCGGAGUGCAGGGUGGUCCGGUGCCCCAGGCCCGUGGUCGAGAGGGGCAGGAUGACUCCACAGAGCUUCACGUUUCCCUAUGGAGCAGCCGUGCACUUCUCCUGUGACGAAGGCUUCAUGCUGCAUGGCGAUGCCGAGAGCCGGUGCCUGGCUGAUGGCACCUGGCACCCUCCCCUGCCCUCCUGCCAGCCCGGUGACUGUGGGCCUCCACCUCCCAUGACUUAUUCCAGGCCAUCCAGUGACGAGCACACCAGCAGCUUCCCUGUUGGAUCCAGCGUGAUGUACACGUGCAUCGAAGGCACCAUCAAAAUCCCUGGGAGAUCAGACUCAGUGAAGUGCCUGCCCGGCGCACGGUGGUCCACACUGCCCGAGCCCUGCAGCCGGAGCUGCACUGCCCCGACAAGGCUGCGGUUUGCUGCCCUUUCCAAGGUGGAUGAGAGGAUUAAUUUCUUUCCUGUUGGGAGCAACGUGAGCUAUGUCUGCCGCCCCGGCUAUGAGAACACCUCAGAAAGUUCCCCCACCAGCACUUGCCUGGAAAACCUGGAGUGGUCGGAAGCUGCUGAGCUGUGCAGGAGGAAAUCCUGUGGGGACCCAGGAGCACUGCCCGGGGGCAGGAUGGUCACACUGACAGACCUGCAGUUUGGUGCCAGAUUACAUCAAUUUUUCUUUUCUUGUGUAUUUUCACUUAGGUACAGAUUAAAUGGGAGUAAUUUCAUUCAGUGUCAGCUUAAAGGAAACGAUGUUGGAUGGAGUAAACUUCCAACUUGUGAAUUAAUUACCUGCUCUUCACCUCCUCAAAUUAGCAAUGGAAAGCAUGAUGGUGAAGGUGUAGAAACAUUUGCUUAUAACUCCACCGUGACUUACAGCUGUGACUCUGGCUUCCAGCUCGUUGGGAAUGGGAGCAUCCAUUGUACCAGUAUGGACCAAACACAGGGAGUCUGGAGCAGAGCUGUGCCUGCGUGCAAAGAGAAAAGCCCAUCUGUCAAACUUGGAGUAAAACAAAUGGAAAGGACUCCUCCUCCCCAAAGUUCCCAACAAAAAGGCAUCCACCUGGCUAAGAAGAAGGCUUCAAAAUGGGAAAUGAAGCUCAGCCUUUAUAAAAAGUCACUCCAAAAUACCAUCUCUUACUCCCAUUCUUCUUCUUUCUCCAAGACAUCAGUGUCCAGGAGCUGUGCUACCUCCCCAUUCAGAUUCGUUGUGCCUUUGUACAAAACCAAAACCUACUAUUCUCCUGGGACCAGCAAAGGAUCCAUGUGUCCUCCGAAGUACAUGGGGAUCUCUGGCAUCCUCCCCCAAGCUGGCUGCUUUGAGAACUUAAAGUGGUCUAAAGUUGCAUCAUUUUGUGGAAAGAGGUCGUGGGCAGCCCGGAGAAGCUGGACAUGGCAGAAGUGUUGCUACAACAGAUUUCCUAUCCGUUGCAAAGGAUUCUUUUAUCCAAGAGAGGUUCAGUGCCUCGUCCCACAUAUCACCCAUGGACAGCUGGAACCUGCACAGAACUUCACCUCGGGCAGCACAGCCAUGCUCAAGUGCAACACUGGCCACACGCCCCUGGGUGCCACCAGCACCGUGCGGUGCCUGGGCAGAGGCAGAUGGCACCCACGGGUGCCCGCCUGCAUCCCAGGUGACUGUGGGCCGCUGCCAAACAUAAGCCACGCAGAGCCCCUGGGGGACCCUCAACACCAGGACAGCUUCAGCAUCGGCUCCACAGUGACAUACAGAUGCCGUGCGGGUUACGUGAAGCGCCCGUUGCGCUCGGAUACCAUACAGUGCCUUACCACCUCCCAGUGGUCCAACCUCCCAGAGUUCUGCGGUCGCAGCUGCCCCAGCCCACCCCGGGUGCGUUUUGCUAAAGUAUCACAAGAAGAUGAAACACAGAAUUUCUAUGCUGUUGGUACCACAGUGAAGUACAUUUGUCGCCCAGGCUACGAGAACACCACAGACCAGCUCCCCACCAGCACUUGCUUUGACAACUUAACAUGGUCACAGGUUCCUGAGCUAUGUCAGAGGAAAUCCUGUGGUAUUCCAGCAAAUCCAGAACAUGGCAAAGUUAUUAGCAAUGAUCAUCUGUUAGGUGCAAGAGCAGAUGUGGUUUGUAACCGUGGAUACACGUUAAAGGGAGAGCCAUCUCUUGUCUGGUGUUCCAUAAGGGAAGGGGAAGUUGCCUGGAGCCAACUUCCAGCUUGUCAGGCUAUUUCUUGUCCUCCGCCUCCAGCUAUUCCCAAUGGGAAGCAUAACAGCAGCAGUACAGAGGAGUUCACAUACAACUCAGUCGUGAUGUAUGCGUGUGACCCUGAGCUCCAGCUUGUGGGGAAUGAAACCCUUCAUUGUACAACAGAAAACGGGGUCGAUGGUGUCUGGAGCGGGUCUCCUCCAGAAUGCAGGGUUAGCACUACAGCAGCAGCAAACCAAACUGAACCCUCAGAAGAGAAGACAGCAGAGAAUCCCUACUGGCUAGGUGAGAGUCCAAGAGAGACCUUUCAUUUCCACACGACGGGUUGCCACGUGUGUCCCACGUGCGAGGAGCGGCUGCACGCUGCCCCGUCCCCCCGCAGCGAGCCUGCGCACCACGGCUGUGCCGCCUGCCAGCACUGGCUGAGCUCCCAGCCCGCAGCACCGCGAAUGUACUCGGUCACCAGCAUCGGCGAUGGGGAGAGCCAGAGCCCGGCAGGCACGAGCUCUCCUGCCAAAGCUGCGGAUGUGUGGAGAGGUGGCAGCACAGGAGAAGCUGUUCCAGAGCACAGCAAGGCAGAGCAGCCCAUAGACCAUGAAAGCAGCCACCAUGUCUGUCCCAUCUGUGAGAGCUGGAUGCGCGCCCACCUUGGCCAGUGUGAUAACGACCCCCUAGUGCCUGCGGAGCAGCCCCGACAGCAGGAUGAGGGCCCACAGGGUCCCAUCUGCCCGCCCUGCGCCGACCGGCUGCACCUCUCCCUUGUGCACAGCGACACUUGGAGCUGCUCCGUGUGUCCCCUGGCCAGAGAGGGGACCCUGGCUCACCUCGUCCCCCCCGGCACCCCCAGCUGCCACGGCUGCCCCAUCUGCGCAGCACCCACCCAUGCGCACUUCUGCCAGGCACCCCACGAUGGAAUCAGGGAAGACUCGAGAGGGAGACCUGAACCCCAGCACCUUGCUUUUUCCCGGGUGUUAAGCGGUGUCAUUUCGUACCGAGAAAGGAGAAAGCGGCAGCGCCGUGGGAACCAUCGCCCCGCGGGGCUCGGCAGAGCCAAAGUCCCUUUUCCCUCCACAGCCGGAACCCUCCCCCCGAAUCGUGCUACAGCCGUGACGAGGGUCCGGAAAGGGCCGUUCCGCUGCACUGCGCAGCGCUCCGCGGCCCCGGCCAUGAUGCUGCGCUGGCUGUGCGCGCUGCUGCUGGCGCUGCCCGCAGCCUGCGAGGACUGCUCGCAGCCGCCGCGGUUUGUCUUUGCGGAGCCUGCAGCGUUCCCGCAGGAGCCCUGCGUUGUCGGGACCACGCUGAGAUACAGAUGCCGCCCGGGGUACACGAUGGCCAGAGGCAAGUCCCCAAUGGUCACCUGCCUCUCCAACUCCAGCUGGUCGGCGGACCCCGACUUCUGCAUCGGGAAGUCGUGUGGACCACCAGACAUCAUGAAUGGGAACUUUGAGUACACAACCAACCUCCUGUUCGGGGCCACAAUAACCUACACCUGUAACACUGGGUACCGAUUAGUUGGGGCACCAUCUGCGCAAUGUAUCCUUAAAGGCAAUGAAGUUACUUGGGAUAAGAUUCCAUACUGUGCCGUUAUUCCCUGUUUACCACCUUCUCCUAUCGAGAAUGGGCAGCUCAGCAAUGGGAACAGAGACUUCACCUUUGGCAUGGCCGUAACCUACAGCUGUAAUGAAGGGUUUGCUCUUAUUGGAGAUGCCACAAUUCACUGUACAGUGGAUGAAAACCUGGAGGGACAAUGGAGCGGUCCAGCCCCUGAAUGCAAAGUGGUCAGAUGUGAAAAUCCAGAAGUGAAAAAUGGGAGAAGGUUAUCUGGCUUUGGCACUAGGCACAUGUAUAAAGAUACAGUGACCUUUGAGUGCAAUCCUGGUCACUUCUUGAAUGGUAGCAGUGUAGUUACGUGUGAAGCAGACAGUACGUGGAAGCCACCUCUGCCAACGUGUGACCCAUUCCACUGUGGUCCUGCUCCACACUUCCCUUUUGCUGAGUUAACAAGUGCUGUGGCUGAGGGCUUUCUUGCUGGAACUGAGCUGAAGUAUCAGUGCAAGCCAGGUUAUACUGCAGCAAGUGGGAAGUCCUCUGUUGUCACUUGUCUGCGCGAUGGAACUUGGUCUGCAGACGUGGACUUCUGCAUACGACAGCAAUGUGCUCCUCCCAGGAUAGAGAAUGGGGAUGUCAUUGCAGACAAUUUCCUGUUUGGGACAGAGGUGAAACUUGCCUGUCAUCCAGGGUAUAAAUUAAAGAAGUCACCUUAUGCCAAAUGUGUGGUAUCAGGAAAAGGAGUCGACUGGGAUACACCACCUCCAUACUGUGAAAUUAUUCCCUGUUUACCACCUUCUCCUAUCAAGAAUGGGCAGCUCAGCAAUGGGAACAGAGACUUCACCUUUGGCAUGGCCGUAACCUACAGCUGUAAUGAAGGGUUUGCUCUUAUUGGAGAUGCCACAAUUCACUGUACAGUGGAUGAAAACCUGGAGGGACAAUGGAGUGGUCCAGCCCCUGAAUGCAAAAGACUGCUCCCCAGUGCUCUCUGUGAGGAGCCCCCCAGGAUUGACAAUGGGAUGCACAAUGGCACAAAGGGAAUGGACUUUUCCAAUGGCACCGUUGUAGCUUAUAAAUGCAAGGAAGGCUUCAACCUUGCUGGAGCAGCCUUUCUUCAGUGCAUUGCAGGAGAUAAAUCCUGGGGAGACUGGAACAAGCCCGCUCCUGAAUGCAGAGGUGGAGCGAGCAUGAUCAUUGCUGGUAAGUCAUACACAUUCCUGAAUCCCUGUACUGUGCUCCUGCCCGUCUUUAUGUUGUUGUCUCCUGGGUGGAAUAGGCUUAAAAGCCGCCUGCUUGUCUGUUGUCAUAUUUAUGUUGUUGCUUUAAGAUCUUGCUAUGAAAAAGGGGAGGGGAGGAACAUGAAUCAAAUGAGAGGGGAAAAAACUCAAAUGGCUCUUUCCAUCAACGCAUUAGUCUUGUUCCAAAUAGACCCACAAAGUUCUCCCUUCCCAGCAGAGCGCUGUCCUGGAUGCUCUCCGCUGCAGGCACAUUCAGCUAACAGCACCUCUGUGCUGCACCCACCCUCUGUCACAGAUGUGUCCCAGGGGCCCAUCCUCCCUAGCCAAAAACAGCAGCAGAAGCAGCUUGCGGGACCUGCAGCCUCCCCGGCGGUGGUGCCCAGGAGCCCACUGGUUCCUGUCCUGCAUCCCUGGGAAGCCCCACAGCUGCAGCUCCUUCUGCAUAGGGGGGGAACUGGGGUGCUCAUAUCUUCCUGCAGCCCCCUGGGAGCCGCAGUCUGCGCUGGGGACCGGAGCAUGGUGCUCGCCUUUGCCCUCCACCUCCUGGGCAGCUCCGCUCUGCUCCUGGCCACCGCGCCUGGGGCUCGAGGUGCCCGGUGCCCGUUCCCACGCAUCCAGUAUGGGAAGAGCGUACCCACUGCCAGGUAUUUCUACAGGACCGGGGACACCGUGAGCUUCGUGUGCAACAUAGGGUACACCCUGCAUGGCUCCCGCAGCAGCACAUGCCGAGCUGACUCCAGAUGGAGCCCACCUCUGCCACUGUGCAAAAAGGAGGUGACGUGUCCUCGGCCACCAAACAUCGCCAACGGGCUGCACAGUGGACAGUCCUUGGACAGGUUUCCCCACGGAGUGACCGUGCACUACAGCUGCCAGGAUGGCUAUGCUCCGGUUGGGAAUGUGUCCAUCAGCUGCACGGAGGCCGGGAUGUGGAGCUGGCCCCUGCCCCGCUGCGAAGCAAUCGGCUGCGAGAUGCCCGAGGUGCAGAAUGGGAAGGUCUACAAGCUGCAGAGCACCUACAGAGCUGGAGAGACGCUGCAUUUUGACUGUGAUGCUGGUUAUGCUGCAGAGGACAGCUACGAGGCUCAGUGCCAGCCCGGGGGGACCUGGCAUCCGCCGGUGCUCCGCUGUGAGAGGGUCCAACCCUGCCGCAAGCCCCCAGAGAUCCCCAAUGGAAAUCACAGCGGCCGGGGCAAAGCAUUUUUUACCAUGGGAAUGUCUGUAAUAUACACGUGUGAUCCCGGCUACUAUCUGGUUGGAAACAACAUUGUGUUCUGCAAAGCAUCAGGGAACUGGAGCCAGCCCAGCCCUCGCUGUGAAGCUGCUGUCUGCGUAAAUCCCCAUAUACGGAACGGGAGGCGAGUAGAUGGACAAGGACUUCUCUCUGCACCCGGGCAAGCAGUGACAUUUCAGUGUCACGAUGGUUACAGCCUGCAAGGCAAUGACAAAGUCAUCUGCCAGGAGGAUGGCAGCUGGCACCCUCCUCUUCCCAUCUGUGAUAGACUUUACCAUGACCAGGGGCUCUCAAACAAGCCUGAAAUUCCAGGUGGUUGUGGGCCUCCUACAAGGUUACACUUUGCUGAGCUAAAGGAGGAGCAUAAAAAUGAGAUUGAUUUUUCUGUGGGGAAGACUGUGCAAUACACUUGCAAACCUGGAUACGCAAAACACCCAGGAAUGUCACCUACUAUUACAUGCCUUGAGAACGGAGUGUGGUCAGAAGCACUAGAGUUCUGUAAAAGGAAAAAGUGCAGUCAUCCUGGUGAACCUGUGAAUGGGAAAAUUAUUUUCCUAACAGAUCUCCUGUUUGGGUCAACAGUGCGCUACAGCUGUGAAGAAGGGCACAGGUUAAUUGGACAAGCCAGCAGACGAUGUGAGAUUUCUGGUGGACGUGUUGCAUGGAGCGGCAACAUUCCCAUUUGUCAGCGUAUCCCUUGUGAGCCACCUCCAGACAUUCCCAAUGGGAAGCACACAGGCAAGCUGCUGGAUGACUUCCUCUUUGGCACUGCUGUAACAUACACGUGCAACCCUGGAUAUCCACUCCAUGGAGAACCCUCCAUCUACUGCACUACCCUGGAUGGGAAGAACGGCGUGUGGAGCGGGCCCCCGCCAUCGUGUGGAGAGGCAAGAUGUCCUGUCCCAUGGGUCCAGAAUGGAAGAAUAGUGUCUCCCAGGACUGUCUACACACACAAGGACACCGUUGCCUUUGAGUGUGAGCCAGGCUAUGUUAUACGCGGCCACAAAGUGGUACAAUGCCAACUAAAUAGCACCUGGGAGCCACCCGUGCCAGUCUGCGAGCAGGCUGGCUGCAAUGCACCUACCAGGCUGGCAUUUGCUGAGCUGAAGGAGCUGUACAGAAACCAGACCAUCUUCCCUGUGGGGAGGACGGUGGAAUUUGUGUGCCGGCCUGGGUACACCCAGCACAUCGGGAUGCCACCAGCCAUCACAUGCCUCAAGAAUAGGACGUGGUCUGUGGCACUGGAGUUCUGUAAAAGAAAACAAUGUGCUAACCCAGGGAAUCCAGAGAAUGGCCGAGCCAUUGUCCUGACAGAUCUCCUCUUGGGAUCCAAAGUCAAUUACACUUGCAACAAAGGGUACAAGUUGGUUGGAGGCUCUCAGAGAACAUGCGAGGUCUCUGGCACACGUGUCUCAUGGAGUGGAGAUGCUCCUGCCUGCCAGCGUAUCACCUGUGGCCCACCUCCAAACAUCUCCCAUGGGACACACAGCGGGCACUCCAGGGACACCUUCUCCUAUGCAGAUGUGGUCACCUACACCUGCGACCCAGGCCACCCUCUGGCUGGAGAGCCCUCCAUCACCUGCACCACAGCAGACGGCAAGCACGGCGUGUGGAGCGGGCCGCCACCGCGGUGUGGAGAGGUGAAGUGUCCUCCCCCUCCAGGCAUCGCCAAUGGGCAGCACAGCAGCCAGCCCUCGGACACCCACCUUCCAGGCUCGGCUGUGUACUACACCUGCAGGGAUGGCUACUCCCUCAUCGGGAAUGCCUCCAUUAGCUGUACUGCUGGGGGAAUGUGGAGCCGGCCCCUGCCUCGAUGUGAAGCAACCGGCUGCAAAAGACCGGAGAUCAAGAAUGGAAGAUCAACUGGGCUGGAGACCAUGUACAAACUCAUGGAUACUGUUGUCUUUGAAUGUGAUUUUGGUUAUGCCUUGAAGGGCUCUCGAGAGUCUCAGUGCCAGUUUGGGGGCAAGUGGAAUCCUCCUGUCCCCACCUGCGAAAAGAUGCUACAGUGUCCUUCCCCUCCAAAUAUCAAAAAUGGCCACCAUGACAGCAAGGAUGUGAAGGUGUUUGUCCCGGGAGUAUCUGUGAAGUACUACUGUGACACGGGGUACGUCCUCACUGGGAAAACAACAGUUUCUUGUUUGACGUCUGGAACCUGGAGCAUCCCUUACCCGCGGUGUGAAGUGAUCACCUGCACAAGCCCCAGCAUUCAGGAUGGAGAAGUGGCUGAAGGACAGAGCUCUGUCUACCACCCUGGGGCCAACGUCACCUUCCAGUGCCACUCAGGCUAUGUGCUGUGGGGCAGCCGUGAAGCCAAGUGCCAGCCUGAUGGUCGCUGGGUGCCUGCUGUCCCUACCUGCAAGCCAGUGCUGCCUUGUCCUCCACCUCCCAUCAUUGCCCACGCCAUGCACAGUGCGGAGCUCGAGACAAACUUCACCACUGGCAUGUCCGUGAGCUACAGCUGCCAGCCCGGCUUCUCCCUCCUUGGAGACCCCUCUGUCCUGUGCACGGCCUCGGGGAACUGGAGCCUCCCAUACCCACGCUGCGCAGUGCUGCAAUGUCCUUCACCUCCAAAUAUUGACAACGGAAAUCACAACAGCCAGGACUUGGAAAUUUUCACUGCUGGGAUGGUUGUAAAUUACAGCUGUGACCCUGGCUACAGCCUCCUGGGAGAGGCAUCGAUUCACUGCACUGACUCAGGAAACUGGAGCCUUCCUCCUCCUCAGUGCGCAGGUGGCUGUGGCCCACCUCCAAAUUUAACCUUUGCUGAGCUCACUGAGGAAUACAGAAACCUGACAGAGUUUCCUGUUGGGGAUACUGUGCAAUACCGCUGCCCACUGGGAUACAUGAAACACCCCGGAGUAUCCCCAACUCUGACAUGUCUCCAAAACUACACGUGGUCUGAAGCGCUAGAGUUCUGUAAAAGGAAGCAAUGUAAAUACCCAGAAACACCAAAGAAUGGCAGAGUUGUUCUGACAGAUCUCCUUUUUGGGUCAACCGUGAGCUACACAUGUAAAGAAGGCCUGCUUGUUGUAAGCCAUAACUUACAUUCUCCGUAUUUCCUGAAAGUGAGAAAUUCAGUAGCUUCAUGGCAGGACACUAUCAGUGAGGAGUGCAAUUUUUGCUGUAAAGGCAGGAUGAUGGAAAAUGAAGUAGUGAAGUGUCUGCCUCCUCCAAGCAUUGUCAACGGGGAACACAAUGGACAUUUCUUAGACACUUUUCAUGUAGGAGCACUUGUGCGCUAUCGCUGCAAACGGGGCUUCUCCCUCAUUGGGAAAAAAUCUGUUCAUUUUGUGAAGUGUCUCCGUCCUCCAAACAUAACCAACGGGAAGCUCAAAGGCAACAUCUCUGACACUUUUUCCUAUGGAGCAUCUGUAUCCUACAGCUGCAGUCCUGGUUAUUCACUCAUUGGGAAUGCUUUCAUCAACUGCACGGUGAAAGGAACCUGGAGCCAGCCUCCUCCUCAGUGCAAAGAGAUCAGAUGCGUAUUCCCAGAAGUUCAAGGUGUUAAGAAAGCCAUUCGAGGAAACAGUUAUCGCUCUGGGACUAAUGUCACUCUUGAAUGUGAUGACGGUUACACCUUGGAAGGCAUCAAUCAGAUUCAGUGCCAAGAAGAUUUCAGCUGGGACCCUCCUGUACCCGCCUGUAAACUGACGUCACGAAAGUCUGGUUCAGUAGGUGUAGGACAACCGCCACCAUGCAACCGCCUGAGGGGCGGAGCGGCUCCGCCAUGGGGGCGGCCGCCCCUGAGGGAAGAGGCGGGGCGUGCCGCACCGCGCAUGCGCCUCAGCCCCGCGCUGCGUCUACGCCGUUUCCCGAGUCAGAGGCGCGGAGCGGGCGCUGGGGCUGCGGCGGUCAUGGGGCCGCCGCGCCGCCUUCCCGCUCGCGGCCCGGGACUCGUGGUCGGGCUUGUGCUGGCGCUGUCGUGGCUCGGUGGAAGGCGGGCUGAGGACAUGUGUCAGCGUCCAGACAGGCUGCAGUACGCAGAGCUGGAGGAGAAAUUCAGCACAAUGGAGAGUUUUCCCGUUGGAACCACGGUGUCAUACAUCUGUCGGCCGGGAUAUGUGGCAAUUGCUCAAAAAGCAGUAACUCGUACGUGUGGUAAAGACUUCAAGUGGUCGCCCAUAGAGCAGUUCUGUACAGAGAAAAAAUGUAAGCAUCCAGGAGAAUUGGAAGGUGGUUUCGUUAAUGUCACAGAUCUUACAUUUGGUUCAAAAGCUACCUUUUCUUGUAGAGCAGGAUUCAGAUUACAAGGAACUAGUGAAAUUACCUGUGUAAUUAAGAAUAAAGUUGUUGACUGGAAUAGAGAUCUUCCCUUUUGUGAAAGAAUUCCUUGCAGACCUCCUCCAAGUAUAGCCAAUGGGCACCACACUGAAGCAGCCAACUAUGUUUAUCAGACAGCAGUAACCUAUACGUGUGAUGAGGCACCGAAAGGCGCAGAUCCCUUCUCUCUGAUCGGUUCAGCUACUAUUUUCUGCACAUAUGAUGCAGACUUGAAUGGUGUUUGGAGUGAAGCACCUCCACAAUGUAAAGUGGUCAAAUGUGAAAACCCGAAAGUUGCAAAUGGAAAAAAAAUAAGUGGGUUUCGACCUUCCUAUAGCUAUAAAGACUCUGUCAUGUUUGAGUGUGAUCCAGGCUAUGUCAUGACUGGAUCAGAGGUAAUUACCUGUGAAGAAAAUAACACCUGGUCUCCUCCAAAACCAACUUGUAAGAAAAUUACUGAAGAUGUGUGUGGUGCCCCGGAGAUCACACAUGGAGUAGUGAUUCCAGCAAAAUCUGUGUAUGAAGAAGGAGAGUCUGUUCAGAUAAAGUGCAAUGCUCACUGUACUUUCCCUAAUGGCGCUGAAGAGAUGACAGUAACUUGCCAAGGACAGAAUACAUGGAGUUCUUUACAAGACUGUGCAUGUGGGUCUAUAAGUUCUGGUUUGACUCCACAUAUAAAUUAUGGUAGAGUAAUUGAUGGACAAAAACCUUCAUAUUCUGUGGGGGAUAUGAUUACAAUUGAAUGUUACGCAGGCUACACGUUACAUGGGGAAGCUCAAAUUCAGUAUAUUGGAGAAGAUCGCUGGGUUCCUGCAGUGCCAACGUGCCAGUUAAGUGCCUAUAUUACAGCCAUCAUUUGUGUGAUUGUGGCAGUCGUGGUGUUCCUGGCAGCCUACUGGGCCUAUAAGAAGUACUUUGCACAAAAUAACUUGUGCCUUCCUCAGCUCAACUCCAUAAAGCACAGACAGGAGCCAACGGCAAAAUCGGGCUGCGUCACAGAUGUAACAUGACCAUCGGCAAAACAAGUGCAGCAGGAGAUCAUGGCUGUCGCGUCAUUCAGAGAGCCUUCCCUCGAUAGCAACAAAGAAGAAGAUGGUAACGCUUUUAAAUUUAUGUCAUGAUCAUUUGCAAUCCUUAACUUCCUUUACCAAAUAUCGCAGUCCUUCGACAAUCAAAAUGCCCAAGAAAAUUGCACGUAUUUUGCCAACAGCCCCAGCGCGUUAAACACUGCGUCAUUAUGCCGCACUAAGGCAGAGAGGUGGAAUAAACCCCACUUUACAAAGGAAGGAAACCAAACUAUAGGAGAAAUGAAUCGGCUUACACAAUGUCACACACACACAAGUGUCAGAGGGAGGAAGAAAUCACAGCUUGCCCAAGUCCUUUUGCGGCAAUAUGCAGAAAACCAUUAUGGAGCAGUUAGCCACGUACAGCAACACCACCAUCCCUACGCACAAAAUCGCUAGUGUCCUACAGAAAUAUGCCAUGUCCCCUUCUUAGCCUUGUUUCUUGCCAGUCCCACAGAUUUACCUGCUGACAGUAACCUCAAUUCCUGAGUAAUGAGAUUUACAGCUGAAGUUUAACAUUGAAAUAACUCCUCUUUUAUCUCUGUCUCCUUACCCUCCCUGCAGUUAGAUGCAAUUAAACUAGCGCUGUGGCAGAAAGAUGGUAGCAAAAGAAAUCAAACCAAACGCAUCCCAAUGCUGAACACAGAUACUCAAAACGUACGUAUAUGCCCAAGCAAGUGUACUGGCUGCCAGUUGCACCUCGGUUCAAAGGACUGGGAAAUGUCAUGAAGAACCAUAGAAUCAGAGAAUGCCAGGUUGGAAGAGACAUUAACGGGGUCCUUCACCCCCCAAGUGUGAUGGGGAACUAUGCAAAGGGUUGUCCGUUCAGAGACAGACUCAACCCACCCAUCUUCCGUGCCACAGAGCACUCUUCCUUAGUCUAACUCCUGGCUGUACAGAUUUACCUCUGCGGCUGCCCUGUUCCUAUCUCUGUGUGUAUUUAUGCCUGUCUGUCUUGCUGCAGGGACCACCGUUGUUGCUGCUAUUCCUGUUGUUCCCCUGCUCUGCGGAACUGGCGCUGCAGGAGGCAAGGAUGCUCCAAGGGAGCCAGCUAAAGCCAGCGAAGGCUCAAAUGCCGGAGGACAGGCUACGCUGAAGUAAUGGAGACGGCGGACACAGUAUGUUUGAGCCGGUUCUGAACCCAGCAGUUGUUGCUAAACAACCAGACCUGACGCUCGAGAGGUCAGCGAACCUUUACAGACCCAUCACGCAAGACUCUCUUCAGCUCUCCCUGAUGUUACCGAGCCUGUGGCAAACUCACACUUGGGCAAACAAAAGCUGAGUUUGGGCAAGAGUCUUCUUCACUUUGAUUAUUCCCACGACAUAAUUUCCAGGCGCAAUCCCUGCCCUGAGCAGUUUACACUCCUGCUCGCACUACACCACCUUAAAAGGGAGACGGAAGAAAGCAAGCAUGGAGAAAAGCCCCAAACCCCAGGACUUUCCCCUUCCCCGUGGCUUGCAGCUCUGACACGUCAUCAUCGCAACUGCACGGCAAAAUGAAACCUCACCAGCACCCACAAAAGAGGCACCCAUGGGUGCAAGGACCAGCACCUGCCACACUGAGGAGGUAACUGCUGCUGUCCUGCCUGCUGCCCGUGCCCAUGGGACAUGGGGGAUCCCGGCGGGAGCGGGCAGGGAGCUGCCGGCACUUUGAAGCAAGUGAAAUCAACGUUGAGAUUUGACACCCAGUUCUCGACCAAUCAGAGAGAGCUUUUCACCUGCCAUCACCUCCUCUACCAAUCGGACGGCGCCUUUGGGCUGAGAGCCCUCCCCGGCCAAUGGGGAGCCAGCUCUGCCACUUAGUUAAUGAUGCAGCAGUACAGGGAAGACUAUCACAUGUGAGCUGGAAGGCUGCCAACAUGGAGACACGGAGAGAGCAAGGUAAACAACUUUCCAACGCCAAAAUGAUGACAUUUAAUCCCUAAACGCUAGCUUCCCGUCUCGACUCAUCUUUAACCCCUUUCAGCUGGUGUGGAAGCGUCUGGAAGGCACCGUCUACCUGUUCCCCAGUGCUUUUAAAAACUGGACGACAUGCCCUGCAAUGAUCACUGCGUCACCGUUUACCACUUUGCAAACUACGCAGUGACAAACCUCCGAGCUCUGAAACGCAGAGCGCCUGUUAACCCCUCCACCAAAGCCCUGCCAACGUGCCAGCCUUUACAGGGCUGCUGGGGGGGGGGGAAGAGAUAAAAAGCCCAAGCAAAACAUGAAAACAGCAGUCUUUGCAAAGUUGUCAUCUCUCCCCCACCACUACUACCCUCCUCUGCAGUACAGCAAUGCCGGCAAGAGUGACAUUAGUACAACCUGUGCCGUCGUUCCAUUGAGAAAACAGCUCUGACGCAGAACAGAGCAAUCAUACCCAACCAAAAUAAUAAGGAAGGCACUUUGGGAGCUGAACUUGGGGGCGCCGGGGGAAAGGGACGCCCUGCAAAUAAUUAAAAUACGCAGAUGCAGCUCAAGCCCCAUCCUGAUCAAAGGGUACGUACGUGAGAAAGACGAACCGGACCGAAGAGCUCUGCCCGUGCACCAUCUGCGCAGUCCUCAGCCCUCCGCUCGCUGUGUAGCGCCGCAGAAUAGAAGGUUCCAGAAAUUUCCUUUCCGUUAACCCUUUCGGUGUCUGCCCACUCUCCCUCCCCGUGGGAUUAAGCGCGCCGGGUCUCCAGCAUCGUCAAUGGGCGAAGCCUCCUACGCCAACCGAGCCCGAAAACGAUCUUUAAAGGACAUUGGAUGGUGGCAGGAGCCCAGUCCCUGGUGUUGGGGUUACUUCUCUUUUUGGAGCCCUCUCUGCCUCUCUUGCUGCCUCUCUCCCCUCUUGCUGCAGCAGGGCUGUUGCUGGUAAGACCUAUCGACGGAGCUUGCUCUCUCACUCUCUCGCUGAGCUCUGUGACGCAGCUCUAAAUUCUCCAGCCUGCUCCCUGUGUUAUAAGAGCGGAACUGCAGCUUUCCAGGGAGCCCGUGCCAGCGGUGCCAGGGCCAGGCAAACCGAGGGGAACGUCGCUCCUGGACUCUGCACCUUUUUUUGCGUCUGAAGAGCCGGAGCUAUUUUGGGAUUUGUCUGUACUACACUGAAAAUGACACCUGUUACACACAGACACAAAUGAGAAGAAUUGCAAGCUCCUGCUUUCUCAGAUAGGAUUCUACAAUCAAAAAGAUCCUGUGAGCUCAGGACCUGGGCAAGCAGCACAGGCUCCCUGUGUGGGAUGGAGGGGAUGACCCUUGUGAAUUGAACAGGCAGGCACCGGUUCAAAAGAUGGAAAAGAUCUGUUGUAGCUGAUGCAAGGGGAAAUCAAACGCCCAUGUGACUAGAAGAAGUAGUGCUUGAUCAACUAAAUGCCACAGUACGAGGUUUCUUAUGCAAUCAAACCCACGGGACUUCAAGCCUUACACAUACGCUGUGUGGCCGAAGCUGCAUUAACUACUUCAGUUAACGAAGGUAAAACUGUAAGAGCUCUACGGCUACUUAAAUGAGUCACCCAGCAGCGAUACUCGCUAAAGUAGGCCAGUGUUUUCUGUGAUGUUGAGCUGUCUGUGCUGGUUUCACUUACCCCUGAGUUCUCAGAAGCUCCGACAUGCAGGGGCAGUGCGGAUUUCCCGCGUUCCCUGUUUUCCUCAUUGGCAUCCGGAUGAUUCACAACGUGCCGGCACGGUGCAGGCCAGGCAGAGGCCAUCUCACCGGACCCGCGAGACCCCGUGAAGCUCUGAACGUGAUUGUAUAGAGCACUGGAGCAAGAUCAAAGGCUCGGAGCCUCAGAAAUGGGACACUUGACUGGUGUUUUUAACUCACAGUGAUUUUGUCAAUCUUCUGGUAUAUUAAGAAAGUAAAAUAGAGCAUUGAUUUAUUUCAUGUUAUGUCUUUUUCAUUGCUUUCAGGGGAAAGGCAGUAUUUAUUCUAUGGUUUACUUGCAUUUGCAAAUCACCAGCCAUGGAACAUUUUGACCUUUACCUGCCUGUAAGUAUUUACUUUAUGGUGGCACUCGGGCUCCCAAGAAGAUUCAAGGCUGCACCGCGCUGGGAAACACUUGACUGCGUAACAGAAAACUUGGCACAAUGGGAAGUUUCAGCACUGACUGACUGAGGCCCAAAAAAAUAAAGGCAUCUUCUCACAC